AUGCAUCCCCCACCGACCUGCAUCCCUAACCGACCUGCAUCCCUCAGCCGACCUGCAUCCCUAACCGACCUUUAUCUCUCAGCCGACAGCCGGAAUGCAUCCCCCAGCCGACCUGCAUCCCCUAACCGACAGCCGACCUGCGUCUCACAGCCGACAACUGACCUGCAUUCAAACAACAGGAAUCCACACCCACUGCCUUCCCUUCCACCAUCUCCACCUCCCGCCUCCCCAAGGACACCUCGAAAGAGCCUCAGGACCCCCAUAGGACACGAAGGACUCCCGAAAGAGCCACGAAGGACCCCCGAAGGACACCCCGAAGGACAGACGAAAGACCCCCUUAAAGAGCCCGGAAGGACUCCCCCCCUCCCCCCGAAGGACCCACUCACCUAG